AAACGAAGAAGAAAGCCAAGGGAGGCUUGGCGUCGAAUGUUCAGCGGCGUUAAGGUGCCAACUCACUUGCACACUGCAGACAGCUGUGCAACUCGCAGACAGCGCCGGUCGGGGGUGGUACACGGAAACCUCCGGCGCACACAACAAAAAGGAGGAGACUGAAAAGCUCAACAGCGGACGAGGUAAGUGACAGCAGAUAGCGCAAGAGGAGUAGGGCGUUCAGUGGGGUAUUUCGUGAAGAACAGAGAGCAGCAAAAGCACCCCUCACUCCUACGUUUCUGAAGCUGCCCUCCAACGCGAGUCGCCUGCCGCUCUAUAUAUAGGGAGGAGACCGGGAGAGGUCGCGAGUGAGUGCAACUCGACACCGACAAGAACAAAAGUCGUUUCGGCGCUGAAACGGGUGGACGAAAGGCGCUCGCCUUCUGCCUGCUGCUUGUCUGUCGCUUCUCUGAACUCGAAAGUUGUUUUCGAGGCUUAAACUGAAGGUUUCUCCGCGCCGCCGGCUGCUCGUGGAGGCCGCCCACCAGAGGGAACGCUGGCACGCACUGGCGACUCUGGAGGAAACAGUCUUCCUGGAAGUCGCUGUAAGUCGCCGCCACGAUUCGUACGUCGCGCGCGUCUGCUGUCCAUCUUCGGAGGCGAGCAGAGUGGCGUUGUCUCCGCUCUCUCGCACUCUGCGGUUGGCGACAAACGCUAGAGAGCGGUGACUCAGACAGCCAGAUGUUUCUUCGUGCCGCGUCGCUCUGCGCGGUGAAGAGGAAACCAAUUCGGUUGGCAGGAAAAUACUGAGGACGUCGCUUGGGGCGAUUCGGAAACGAUUGCAUCCUUCUUCUUCGCCUAAGGGACAGGAGAGACAGAGUCCUGGCAGGUAACAGUCGACUGACUCGCGCUGCAUUCUUUCCUCUCUCUCUUUCGGCCAUUUGUGCCGCAUGCGCCAGGGCUGUCGUCUUGCUGAAAAGCCACCGUGCAAGAGGUUUCCAGCCUGUCCACGCGCACCGCAGUCUCUUGUUUCCCCUGGGGUGUGUCUCUUUGCGUUUUGCGCUUCGUUGCCGGAGGCGCUCUCAGUCUUGGGCGCUGGGAAGGCCUUUCCUUUUGUCUUAUCUCGCUUCCUCGGGAUGUUCCUUACUCCCUGUGGUCUCUACCUGUCUACAGUCUUUCGUCCCGUCUCUCUCCGUCACCUCUGUCUCUCUUUCUUCGUCUUGUUUGAAUCCUCACCUGUCUCUCGUUGGCAGCAUGGCGGAACCUGUUGAGCACAGAGAGGCUGGGUGCCCUGGCGAGGAGGGAAGGACGGCUCGAGAGAAGGAGCGCGGCGGUUGUGUAGGAGAGGCCAAUGAGACCCGAGGGGACGGAGAGCCGGCGCGGCUCGACGGAGACACUCUGUCUGCUUUGUCUCCUCGGCCCACACGCCCCUCCGGUGGCCGCCAGGAAGAAACGCCCGCAGACAGGCCGGUUCCGCGGCAGAGCGAGAGAGCGAAGAGCUCCCCUGAUUGUUUGGAGACUGCGGAGAGGACCGGGGACAAGGCAAAAGAAAGAAGAGUCGCGCCCGAGGAGGCUGAUGGCAGACUGGAGAAGGACGAAGAAGAGCAGAGACAGAGAUACCUGAGCGAACAGCAAGCAGGGGCGGACGUAGAGGAGCUGGAAGGAGGAGGCACGAGAACGACCGGGGAAAAACGGCGGGAGAACGAGAGAGAAGCCGAGGGAGACGAGAGAGAAACAGUGAAGGAGGGAGGGGAAGGAUCUUCAAGUGGAGGAGUAAGCCGACGACCGAAAAUGGCUCGAACCAGGACGAAGGCGGACGAAGCAGAACUCUCCUCUCUAACUGGUUCACCUGUGCCAUCUGCCCCUUCUCCGACUACCUCUUCUUCCUCUCCCUCUUCUUCUUCAUCUCCCUCUUCUUCAUCUCUCUCUUCUUCUUCAUCUCUCUCUUCUUCUUCUUCUCUCUCUUCUUCUUCAUCUCUCUCUUCUUCUUCAUCUCUCUCUUCUUCUUCAUCUCCCUCUUCUUCGUCUUCUUCCCGGCCCUCUGUCACUUCAUGUGACGCUGCAUGCACGGCGGAGACUGCUGGGUCUGCGGCAUCUCCAGCGGCUCGGGGCAUGUCUGGUCGCUGCGCUGGACGCAGGAGGCGACUCGCGUCACUGUCACCUCUGAACUUUGUCGAGGGAAGUCCAGAGGCCGUUCUUGCGUCCCCUGGGGAGCCCUCAGAGUCUGCAGAAAAGCGCGAGGGAGGCCGCCGCCGGAAGAGGCGCCUGCGGCCUUCCUCGCCGUCGGAGUCGACGCCUCUCGACGGACCCGCAGGCCUUUCUGAAAGGAGACGAGGGCGACGGUCGUGCGCCCCCCAAGCGACUCCCCUUGGAACAAAUGAGGAUGGUGGAGACCUUGAAGGAGCAGGAGAACGAGAGACUCCAAGCAGCGAUACGAGAAGAGAGAAGAAAGCUGCCCGCAUGCUCUCGCCGGCCGCGGCUGGCAGUCAGUGUCGACAGAGAACUGAUGCGACUCUCUGCUGUCCUGGUGAGGGCCUUCUCUUUGACGAAGGCGACCUCGACCGCACGUUGCGUCCGACUGCACGCGACGCCCCUUGGCGCCAUCCCCUUUGGCCGCCGAGGGGACCUCUGCCACCGUGCGUCGCCUCUGCGUCAGCGACAGACGCCCGCGAGACUUGGGAGGCCUUCUUCUCUCAGUGGCUCCACGCAACCUUUGCGGGUCGAGUGGGCGAACCCUCUGGAGGUGGGGAGGCCGAGGAGGAACGGCGCGGCGAGGCUGGAAUCGUCUCGGCUGCGAGUCGCCCCUCAACUCUGGAGGCGAGCCUGCCGAGCCUCACAGAGAGUGCGGCAGAAAAGGAAGAGCUGAUGAAGGACAAGGAAGAGGUCCAGAUGCAGUGUCAGGAGCGGGUGGGUUCAGCGCCGCAUGAGAUUCGCAGCCUCUUCAACUGUCUCCUUUACGGCCACCCCGAUGGUCUCUUUGAUCGUUGCGGGACGAAGAAUAGAAGACGGACAAGAGACGUGCCUAGCGCCUCAGGGGAAACGAGGGGGGUUUUGACGCCUGCUGCGGAUCCGUCUGCGUCUGAGGAGAGACAGAAAUGGGAGGAAUACACGAAGGACGGAACAGAGAAGGAGAUUAACUGUUUUCAGUCGGUUACUCCCUGUCGCCUCUUCUUCUCGCCCGCGCCCCCGCCGCCGCCAGCGCCGAGAAGAAGACUUCCUGAGAGUUUGGCUGCGCGAAACCAGCGGCUGUACGGCGCGCGCGACGGCGCCGAGCUCCUCCAGGUGUACAGACACUUCGCAGCUGCCUCGGGAGCCGGGAGUCGCGCAGUCAGGGAAGACGCGACUGCGGACUCUCCCAGUCUCCGCUGCGAGGCGGGCGACGCUGUGGAGCCGAAGAAGAAAAGACAGGGCGGCAGAGAAGACAGAGAGAGAGAACGAAGCGAGGAGGGCCUGCAGCUGGCUCCAAGCAAGCGGCAGGCUCGAGGGAGGUCGUUGCCAACAGCUUGUCACGGCCCGGAGGAAGGGACAGGAAACGGGAGGAGCGGCGCCGCUGCGGCCGUUGAAGAAACAGGGUGCCAAGCAGGAGGGAAGAGAGAGAUGAACAGUCGCAGUCGCGUGGAUGAAAGAGGCUCGAGCGAUGCCGACCGCAGGCGGUGGGACCGUGCCCUCCAAGUGCUCGCGAAACUGAAGAUGGGCCACAGCUGUGAAGCGAUUUUCCUCGGCCUUGGAGACCUUUCUUUUGCAAGUCGAAAGAAGCUGUUCUUUCGUCGCCACUUUGACUUCCGCUGGACCUCGAAGAAGAAACUUUCGGGGGAACUUUCCGGGACGGCCGCCACGGGGGAGCUCCCCGCAGCUGCGGCCCGCGCUGCGGACUCGAACGCCGAGGGUUGCCGGCAUUCAGAGACACCUUCGGGAGCGUUGGGCUCCACUGGCACCCAGGAGCGGGACGCGAGUCCUUCGGAGGGCGCGGCGGCGGCUGUGAAGGAGGAGACGAGUGGCCUAGACAAGGAAGGCCGAGUCGGCGGGAGCAAAAAAGAAGACGAGAAUGCGUCGACGCUCGCGCUUCCUCCGGCCAAGAGGUCGAAGAGAUCGCAUGCAGGGACGCGGAGUAGCGAAGUUCAGGCCCCGGCGCCGUGGAGCGUCCUGGCGGAUCAUGAGGAGUCCCAGUCUCUCUUCCUCACUUCCUGGCCGUCCCUGUCGCCUCAGCCAGAGCCCGGAGCUGAUUGCGUUUCGUCAGACAGCAAAGAAUCGGCGAACAGCAGCGAGUACGGGGGCCUGCGGACUGUCUCCUCUCUCCGGACGCCGCGCCCCUACCGGCCCCUGUGUCUCCUGUCUCUUCUUCAGCGGUCCCGAGCCGUGCGCCGGGCGCGGUUUCUUCGUUACCUCCUCGAGCAAAUGGAGCCUCAGUCCUCGUCGCUCCUGCAUCUCCUGCUCCUGAAAGGACAGCUCAGAGUGAAGUGUGACCACGACUCCGACCGGCGCGUCGAGUUCGACCGACAUGUGUCAUGGCUGCUCUCUCGCCUCCCGGGCGAUCCCCAGCUCCUCCGCUACGCCUGGUGGGGACGCGGGGGGUCUCCUGGGCUCCAGCGGGGCCUGCAAAUUUCGCAAAAACGGGGCGACCUCGCCCUUCAGUGGAUCCCCUUGCCUUCUCUCAGUCUGCCUCCCUCUCUCUAUCCGACCUCGCUGGGGAAUGCGUCGCGGAGCGGCGCUUGGCACGACCGCGGACUCGGCGGGCCUCUUGGGCUCCAAACGCGUGACGAACUUGGAGACAGUUUCGAGGACGCACACGCAGUUGGGGCCGCCGUGGCAGCCGCGGCUGCUGGAGCCCUGAGUGGCUCGACUCCCGGCGUCCGCUGGGGCGGCGGUCUUCUGAGCGGCAGCGAAGGAGACACGGAGACAGGGAAAGGAGCUGCGUGUGGGGCCGGCAGCGUCGCCGCAGUGGGCUCUACGACCGCGGUCGGACCGUUCGCGUCAGGGCUCCAAGGGGGGGGGCCUGUCCUGGGAGCCUCUCAGCGGCGGCUGCUCUCUCUCUUUCGGCGUGUUUGUCCUGCCGACGUUCUUUGUCGAGGCCUGGCGACCGGCAGCGUCUCGCUUUCGUGGCCAACGGCGACGGAGCUCCAGGUGCUGCGUUUGCCGGAACUUCUUCUAGAUCAGCAGGUGAUGCGUUUGGGAGACACCUUUGUCUGGUCCUUCGAAGGCUGGGUCGCGAACCUCGUGGCCGUCGCCCCGUUCCUGGGUGUCUGCACACCCCAUCGCCGGGCGCAGAUCGGCAUCAAAAAACGUCUCGGGGUUCGUCAACUUCCCAACGCUCUUUUGACCAAGGGGUCCCCGCCGCCCUCUGAUUUCGAUGAAACACACUCCGGCGUUUCUACUCGCCUCCCGGCCAACGCGGCCUCUCUCCCUCUCUCGCCUUUUCCAGAGAGCGCCGAGACUUCUUCGAUGCGAGGGCCUAGAGUCGGCCCUCCGCGGAAGCGCGGCAGAAAGGCAAGAGAGAACUGAGAGCUUGACCUUCAAAAGCGGAUGCAACAUACCAGAGUGUAUGCGCUUGCCCAACAGAAAAGGGGCUCUCGGAGGCUAUUGUUCCGAUGCUCAAGAAUAACGUUUUUGUGCAUGCAUGCUUCUUCACAAACGGAAAACUACGGAGCCAUCUCGGUACUGACAGAGUUGCGUGGAGAGCGAGAGGAGCAGUUGUGUGAGCUAGGACUCUCCAUCGGAUCAUCUGUUUCUUCGAGUUUUAAAGACACAGGCAUGAUGGAGGGGAGCGAGUUUUCUUGACAAAGGCGAACAAGUAGAUGCGUCCAUGUGUAUCGAUGGAUGAACGCUCUCCGUGUCCGCGAUCAAUUUUCGAGGACAAGAAACAACGAAAUCCUUUCAACCGUAGACGGCAGACAGGGACUGAGUCGAGCCAAGUCCCUGGCUAUAUAUGUAUAUAUACGUGUGCAUACGUACAUACAAACAUCCAUACAUAUCUUUAUGUAUAUGUAUCUGUAAAUAUGCUAUACCGUUUAAAUGUUGUCACUGCAGGAUUGAUGAGGGGGAGAGACUGGAAGGCGAAAUUUAACUUUGUAUGGCGAUCGCCCUGGGACUCGAUUACUACACCGUGGGCAUGCCUUCCUGCUUCUUUUAGUCCGUAUUCCACCUCGUUAUUAUGACAGUUUCUUAGUGAUCGCGGGCGCAUUUUUCGAACCCGUUGUUCCCUCGAAAACUCUCCAGAAACAAACGGAGUCUUCAACGAGUGCGGAGUGGGAGGGUCGAACGAGUACAAUGGUUUUCGUUUGCUUUGUCGCUGCAUUCUCUGCCGGAGUUUUCCCUUGUAUGUCGAUUUCUUGGCAAUAUUACACCGGGUUUUCUUCGCUCUUGUAAAGAGGCUAAAGCGCGAUGAAACUCCUUGACGUACACGUGCAGUUGGUUUGUCUCUGUACUCAUUUAUGUCCAAGAGUUUUGACAAGCUUCUUCGGACACGCUUCUGAGACAUCGGAAGAGCGUCUCUGGUGGAGUUUGGCCGUCGCUGGUGGAGUUUGGCCGUCGGUUUUUGUGUGACUGUUUUUCGUGCAUGCGGCUGAAGGGCCGUCACCGACUUGUCGUAUUCCGAUUUUUUGACUCUUGCAUUCUCUUAGACUGGGAACGUCGCACUGUCUCACAUUUCCCCAAAUAACUAUUUCAAUCACGCUUCGUGGCCACAGACGCUUGUCUGUUUGUGGUAAACGAUUUACGGUCAAAGAUUUGUGAAGCACCACGAGGCUGCCCGAACUACUGGAA